AUGCCGGGCGGCACAGCUGUGCUUGCGACAGGGCGAACUGCACGUGUCGAGGGCCGCCGCCUCAACCUUGGUCUGGAGAGCACGCGCAAGGCCGCCUCGGCGUCGCAUGCCGAGGUCAACGACGUGUUUGCAUUCAACCAGCUGCGUAUCCGCAAGAAGCAGCUGCGCUUCGCGCGCUCGGCCAUCGAAGGUUACGGGCUGUACGCAAUGGAGACGAUCCAGCCGAACGAAAUGGUGUGCGAGUACGUGGGCGAGCUGUGCCGCGUCGCCGUCUCCGAGGUGCGCGAGCAGCGGUACAUGAAGCAGGGCAUCGGGAGCUCGUACUUGUUCCGCAUCGAUGGCGAUAUCGUGUGCGACGCGACGUUCAAGGGCAGUGUGUCGCGUCUCGUCAACCAUAGCUGCGACCCCAACUGCCUCGCGAAGAUUAUCAGCAUCAACGGCGUCGACAAGAUCGUGCUCUACGCCAAGCGCACGAUUCACCCGGGCGAGGAGGUGAGUAGAAUUGUCGAGUCGAGCUUACUCCAGUGUCUGUACUCGUACAACUUUGCUCUCGAAACUGAUCCGGCACUUCGUGUGCCUUGCCUCUGCGGCUCCGAGAAGUGUACCGGAUUCCUGAACUAG